AUGGCACUGCUUGGCGGGUCCCUAGGUGCGAAGUCAAGCGUCAGACUGCACGUGAUCAAUUACUGGUCCGCACGCUACUGGCUGAGGCGGAGCUGGGGCCAAAGACACCUCUACCAGAAUCCAGAUCUUCGCCAGGCGAAGCCGACUAUCCCACCAAAGACGUCUAAGACUGUGCCGAGAACCGAUCUACAAGCUGUUGACAAGAUCAUGACGCGCAGUGAAGACCGAGAGCGCCAAUUGGAGUGCAAGCUGGCAGACAUGACAGCGGCGUACAAUCAGGAAAAGGCAAGCCAUGAAGCAGAGAAGAGCAUAGUAUACAAAUCGAGACUGCAACACCGAAAAGCUGAGCGAAGUCUUCAUUUCAUGAUGCUGGCCGCAAAGAUGAAUCACGCCGACGCUGAAGUUGCUGCACUCGAAGAAGGGGACAAAUUCCACACAGAUCACAACAUACUCCGUACUCAACUUCCGAGCGCACCAGUAGAUCCACCGAAGCGUCACAAUGUCUCCUCAGUCCCGACCAGCCGAUCUAACAAGGAGACCAAGGACAACAAGAAGCGUUCUUUGGAUGUCUCAGAUGAACCAGCUGAGCCCUCGGCCAAUGACGUCUUCAGCCGCAUUGUGGUCUGUCUCAAUUGCUACAAACACCGCCUCAUAUGCGACCAUGGAGAGCCUUACCUGAAUUGCAAGGCCGCGGGACUCGCCUGUGCUCGAGCAAAGUGCAAGGACUUCGAACCUGGAGCCUGUCAGCGCCAGGCCUGUCUGAGGGCUCACAGUGAAGACCUCAAAUCGUAUGACAAUAUUGUCAACGCUGGCCAUGUCUCCAAGGUUACUGCGGGAGAGCCACUGAUGAAGAAGUUGAAGAAGAUGCUGAAGAAGGACAACAAGAGGGAUAACGAUGAUAACGGCGACCGUGAUGACAAGAAGGGAUGA